AUGCCGCGGCCGCCUACAACAGGUUACGAGCGCCUAGCCCAGGCCGAUCACAGUGACGACUCGGACGACGAACCCCUCGUCGCCAGCUAUGCCUCGCUACAGCCUCCCUCUGCCCCGCGCUAUGCCCCCAUCAGCCAGCCUCGCCCGCACUCGGGAAUGGCCACCCCGAAGCGCUCAUCAUCCUCUGCAGCUACUCUGCGCGAUGCCUCUCGCUCGGGCGGCCACCACCGCCGCCAGCGCCGCAGGAAUUCAGGCGUCGACAUCAAGGCCAUCAACGCCCGCCUCGAGCGCUGGGCCGACGAGAUUGCCUCAAAGUUCAAGCGCGGACGCAACAAGAAGAAGGGCGAGGAGGAGCGGCUCGAGAUCCACCACUCGGUUUUCCAGCCCCCGGAGGGCGUGCGCCCUGUGACGGCAGAGAUGCUGGCCAUCCCGGAGUCCGGCUACAUGACCAAAGUUGAAUUUGACGCCAUUGUCGACAGCGUCAGGGCUGCCAUACAGCAGGGCGUGCAUCCCCGCAUGAUCUCGCAGGGAAGCUCCGGCAGCUACUUUGCUAGGAACCCUGAGGGCAAGGUAGUGGGCGUCUUCAAGCCCAAGGACGAGGAGCCCUACGCGGCAGGAAACCCAAAAUGGAACAAGUGGAUUCACCGCAACCUCUUUCCCUGCUUCUUCGGCAGGGCUUGUCUCAUUCCCAAUCUCUCGUACGUCAGCGAAGCCGCCGCAUAUGUACUCGACGCCCAGUUGCGCACCCACCUGGUCCCCUACACCGACGUCGUUUACCUCUCGUCUAAGUCGUUUCACUACCCCUUUUGGGACCGGUACAAUUUUUCCAGGAAAAGGAAGCUUCUACCUGCGAAGCCAGGGAGUUUCCAGGUCUUUCUCAAGGGCUACAAGGAUGCUAACCUCUUUCUGCGCGAACACCCGUGGCCAGACCAGUACCUCUCUGGUUUCCGGACAACAGACCCGCAUAGAAAGCGAAAGCGACGGUGGGCCGACAGUUGCCGCCCGAGCAGUGCUCCACAUGACGACGCCGACAGCGAUGACGGUAACGACAGCCCACAGUUGCAAACACCAGGGCCCGGCAACUUCGUCUGGACGCCCACCUUAAAACAGGCUUUUAGGGAGGAGCUCGAAAAACUCGUCAUUCUGGACUACAUCAUGCGUAACACGGACAGAGGGCUUGACAAUUGGAUGAUCAAAGUCGACUGGGAGACCGAGCAGGUCUCGGUAGCCUCUGAGCCGGUCCGCCUCAAUAUGGACACCUUGGAUCCCGAACCGGCGCCGAGGCCGGUCGACCUGUCACCGACUGAACCUUCAGCUCGGGCCUCGUACCCGUACCGGAGGGAAAGACCUAUGAACGCGUCGACUCCUGCGUCGAGCACUCCGGACCCUAAAAUAUCCAUUGGAGCUAUCGACAAUUCUCUAUCGUGGCCUUGGAAACACCCAGAUGCGUGGAGAAGCUUUCCGUUUGGCUGGCUCUUCCUCCCAGUCGAUCUUAUAGGCAGGCCUUUCUCGCAAAAAACCCGUGACCACUUCCUCCCCUUACUCACGUCUACGCAUUGGUGGAGCCAGACCCAACAUGCCCUGCGCCGGGUCUUCCAGAUGGACAACGACUUCCAGGAGCGCAUGUUCGCUCGCCAAAUAGCAGUCAUGAAAGGCCAAGCCUGGAACGUCGUCGAGACGCUCAAGACCCCCGACCACGGCCCUCUAGAGCUCACACGCCGUGCCAAGGUCUGCGUCUGGGACGAUCUGGUCGACGUCCCCGUCGCCGUUCCCAUGCGUGUCGCAAGCGCAGAAAUGCGCCGCCGCGCCACGGCCGAGGCAGACUCUGCGGCGGCCCUCGCCGCAGCUGCCACUGCCCAAGCCAAGCCCAGCAGCGACGGCAUCGGCGAGGAGGAAAUGGACAUUGGCGCCUCCACCCAUGCAGCGUCGGCUCCAGCAACCGCCGGCAUCACGGCACCCACAGUCGACCUUCUCGGGCUUGCCAGCCCGCCCGCCGAUCUUCCGCACCCCGGCCGGUUUGAGUUGGCCUUGCAGGACGAGCCUGGCUUGCAAAGCCUGCUUGGCAACGGCGCCCCGCUGGGCGAGAACAAUACCACCACCAACGCCAAACAAACUCGCCCGCACUUCCCCCGCGCCGCCCGAUCGCUGAACGUCUACUCCCCCCAACGCGGCGGACCGCAGCCGCCGGAGAUGGACCAGCACCAGACGCGCUUCUCGUACAUCACCACUGCUGCAGCCAAGCGGGAGGGCAAUAGCAUUGCUGCCCAGCUCUACGGCCAAGACGGCAGUGGAAACACCCGGCGCGCCAGCAUGGAGUACGUAGGCGGGCUCAGUGCUCUGGGUGGAGGUUAUGGGUAUGAGGAGGAUGAGGAGGAAGACGAUCUUGAGGGCGGGGAUUUGGGGUAUGCCGCGGCGACGGGCAUGGAGGGGAAUCGGAGGAAGGUGAUUGUUGAGCGGUUGGAGAUGGUCAAGGGGCGGAAUCCUGUUUUUACGUGGUGUUGA